AUGGCGCUGGCCGCGCGGCUGUAUGGAAAGUCGUACCGCAAUCAUGUGCUAGAGCUGAACGCGUCGGACGACCGCGGUAUCGACGUGGUGCGCGGUCAGAUCAAGGCGUUUGCCAGCACGCGCAACAUGUUCAGCAUGCACGAGGACACGUUCAAGCUGAUCAUUCUCGAUGAGGCUGACGCCAUGACGCAGGCCGCCCAGGCUGCGCUGCGACGAACGAAGCAGGCGAUCCUCCAGCUGUGCCAAGGCGAUAUGCGGCGUGCCCUCAAUAUCCUGCAGGCGUGCCACGCCGCCAACGACAUCAUCGACGAGGACAGUGUGUACAACUGCACGGGCCAUCCGCAUCCCAAGGACUUGGAGACGGCGUUCCACGCCAUGCUGCAGCAGGAGUUCACCACAGCCUACCAGAGUACGUGGCGCCCACUCACUCCAGCGAUCCAGUCCCUCAAGGUCGACAAGGGCACCGCUCUCGCCGAUCUGCUCACCGGCAUGCAUGCGCUGGUCAUGUCGCUCGAGCUCCCAGCGAACGCGCGGGCGUACCUGCUCGACCAGAUGGCGACGAUCGAGUACCGUCUGAGCACGAAUGCGUCCGAGCGCGUGCAGCUGUCAGCUCUGCUGGCAUCGGUCAAGGUGGCCGUGGAACUGGCGCAAAAGUCAUCAUAG